AUGCCUCCCCGCUUCCCCACAUCCACCAUCUCUUCCUUACUCUCCACCGCCACAAAGCCAUCUGCCCUCCGAUCCGUGCGUUACUUCGGCGCCUCAGCGAACAGCAUGGUCCAUUCCAAGGUUUUCUUCGAUGUCGAGUGGCAGCCUGCUAGGCCGGCCAAUGAUCCCGAGUCAUGGGGCCGUAUCAAGUUCAACCUCUACGACGAGACUCCUAGGACCUCUGAGAACUUCAGGGUUCUCUGUACCGGCGAGAAGGGUUUCGGAUAUGAGAAGUCUCACUUCCAUCGUAUCAUCGACAACUUUAUGAUUCAGGGUGGUGACUUCACCAAGGGCAAUGGUACCGGUGGGAAGUCCAUUUACGGUGAUCGAUUCGACGACGAGAACUUCCACCACAAGCACUACCGCCCCGGUCUCCUCUCUAUGGCCAAUGCCGGCAAGAACACCAAUGGCUCCCAGUUCUUCAUCACCACGGUCCCACUCGGAUAUCUCGAUGGCAAGCACACCGUCUUCGGAGAAGUUGCUGAUUCCGACAGCAUGGAGGUCGUCAAUAGAAUUUCAAAGAAGGGAAAGCGACAAGACGGAAAGAUCCUGGAUGGGAAAUUUGUGAUCGUUAAGUCCGGCGAGCUGUUGGAGGAUGGAACCGCCCCUGGGGAUGCUCAGAAGGCAGCUACUGAGGAGGCUUAG